AAGGUGACGUGGACACGGAAGUGGUCGUCGUCGUCGCGGCCGCACCGGUGGGAGCAAGGCGCGGGGAUCGGAGUGCGGCCGGGCGGGCGGCUGAGCGGCGGAGGUUUCGCACCUGGGGCGGCGGAGGACGCACACGUGGUCGGUUGGGUGCGAGUCCGCUGAGCCGAGGAGCGGCUUCUCGGGCAUCUCCUGCAGGUCGGAGCCCCAGAGCUAGGACCCGCUCAGCCGGCGUCACCAUGACCAAGGCCGGUAGCAAGGGCGGGAAUCUCCGGGACAAGCUGGACGGCAACGAGCUGGACCUGAGCCUCAGCGACCUGAACGAGGUCCCGGUCAAGGAGCUGGCUGCCCUUCCAAAGGCCACCAUACUGGAUCUGUCCUGCAACAAGCUGGCUACUCUCCCGUCGGACUUCUGCAGCCUCACUCACCUGGUGAAGCUGGACCUGAGUAAGAACAAGCUGCAGCAACUGCCGGCUGACUUUGGCCGUCUGGUCAACCUCCAGCACCUGGACCUCCUCAACAACAAACUGGUCACCCUGCCUGUCAGCUUCGCUCAGCUCAAGAGCCUGAAGUGGCUGGACCUGAAGGACAACCCCCUGGACCCUGUCCUGGCCAAAGUGGCAGGGGACUGCUUGGAUGAGAAGCAGUGUAAGCAGUGUGCCAGCAAGGUGUUACAGCACAUGAAGUCUGUGCAGGCGGACCAGGAGCGAGAGAGGCAGCGGCGGCUGGAAGUAGAACGAGAGGCCGAGAAGAAGCGGGAGGCCAAGCAGCGAGCCAAGGAGGCUCAGGAGCGGGAAGUGCGGAAGCGGGAGAAGGCAGAAGAGAAGGAGCGCCGGAGAAAGGAGUAUGAUGCCCUCAAAGCAUCCAAGCGAGAGCAGGAGAAGAAACCCAAGAAGGAAACAAAUCAGGCCCCAAAAUCCAAGUCCGGCUCUCGGUCCCGUAAGCCACCGGCCCGGAAACACACCCGGUCCUGGGCUGUGCUGAAGCUGCUGCUGCUGCUGCUGCUGUGUGUGGCCGGCGGGCUGCUGGUGUGCCGGGUGACGGAGCUGCAGCAGCAGCCCCUCUGCGCCAGCGUGAACACCGUCUACGACAAUGCGGUGCGGGGCCUGCGCAGCCACCACAUCCUCCAGUGGGUCCUGCAGACCGAUUCUCAGCAGUGAGCAUGUCCUCAACACCGGCUGCCUCCCUGCCUUGGAGCUUGGAUUCCUAUGGAAUUGGGUUCUGCUGGACACAACCUCUUUUUAGCGUCAGACCUACCUGCCGUCAUUAAAUGGCUGCUCAUUGGUACUUGAGAACCUCCUCUUUGUAGGACUUCUUUGUUCCUUAGUCAGGGCUCCCUGGUGGAAUAAGAAGUGGAAGUGGGGAGAGGAAAAAACCUGCAUGCCUAAAGGAAUGGGCUUGGGGGUGGGGAGAGGGGAAGAAGCAGAGCCUUUCUGGUUGUUACACAAAGCCGUGUGAAGGCAAGGCUCAUUUCUACUAAACGGUCAGCUGUCACUACGUUUAUAGUUUUGUAUGUCACAAACCUUUUCUUUCAUUCCUCCCUGGGUAGCCAGGGCAGAUCAGGAGGCAGCGGGUUGUUGCUGGGGACUAGGGAACACCAUACUCAGCAAAUCUAGCCUAAAUCAGAGGGGAGGGGCACACAUUUCCUUAAGGGUCUCAGGCAUUCAUUUUGAUGACCACACAAAACCUCAGGCUCAUAAAGGGACACUUAAAGACUGUCCAGUCCAACAGAGCACUUGCUGAUAAGAACUUGAGGCCUUCCAUGACUUGCUUACAGUUUCCCAGUUAGUUUGAGAGAGCUGGACUUCCAGUCUGGUAUCCUUUUUUUCUCUUCUGUCAUUUUGCCUUCCUUAAUAUGUCCCAAGAGAAUGGAACUCACACCAGAACUGAGUAUCUCAGCCAGAGUGUGGAAUCUUUCAUGUAGACAGAUUUAUGACUCACAUAGAAAUCUCACAGCCAUGAGGGUCUCAGACAGCCCCUGUGCAGUCCUGCACCUAGUCAUGUGGCUUCCCUAAAAUACCUCCAUUUUGGAGCACUAACUCUCCCCCAUUGCCAGUAGACAAGGCAGACCUUUGCAAAGCCACGCUGUCUAUGACAGCUGUUAAUAGUCAGUGUGACUGAAUACCUCAAAGGCAACCAGAAAACUCAAGUGUCAUAGAGACUGAGGCUUAGGAUUGUUUGAUUCUGGACCUAGAGCUAUACUUAAGCAGUGAAGGGAAGGCAUCAGGUAGCAUCAUGGCAUCUGACAGUGGGCAGGGACUGUAAUCCCUAGUGCAAGUAGGGGCAGGACCGCCACUCUUGUCCGCCAGGGUGUUUCCUUGCUCAGUGGCCUCCCUUGCUCCAUCUUUGACAACAGUGGGAUGAAGGGAUCAGGAAUGGCCGUGUCACAGUGCUCACUCACUGAGGUCAGAUGGCGAGCUCCUCGCCUCUCGCCUAGGAGAGCAAGAACCUGUUAUGACCCAGACACAAAGAGGAUGGGUCCAGCUUCUAAGCCAUAGUGGCCCAGUUGGAUAGGACCGCCACUUGUGACUGUCUGAUAUUGGAAGAAAUGACUUUUCUCCCCCAAGGAUAGCUCUGCUGCAUAGGCCCCCACUUUCCUUGGUAUCACUACACAUUCCUUUAGUCUUCCGCCAAGCUCCAGAGCCAUUGGUACAAAUGCUUUAUUGAAACUAACCACGUAGUACAUAAAAUGAGACUGAGAUUCAGAAGUCGGCACAGUGAUCAGACCCGUUCCCCGGCUGGUUGAGGCAGCCCCAGUGUGUCCAAGGCUGGUGCACACCCAGCCUAGUAAAGUCGGUCCGCCGAGGACAGUUCACUCAAGGUUCUUUUGGAUUUCUACAACUAUUAAACAUGUGUCUGAGCAGUC